GYUUUUACGCACAUGCAAGGGGUCUAUAGUCUGAGCUUCUGAUAAGUCAGUAUCACUAUUUUGGUGAUUCCAUAACAGUUAGUAGUAACGGGCACAGAAAACUACCAAAGAUGAUAUUCCUGUUACAGGCAUUUUUAUUUCUUGGUACGGCAGUUGCAACAACUGCUGUCAGCAUACCUAUUGGCCACAUCAUCUAUGUAGGAGGAAGUGGAAAUGGUCCAAACGAUGCUGUUCCAGGAUCGAGUGAAUGCAUUCAAGGCACGUCAUGGAGUCUUGCCUACAGCGAUGCUAUCCAAGACCAUGCUAUUGUUGGUCCUCUCWUAAAGUCCAUUACGGCUUUAACCGACAACGACUGCAAAGAUGCUUGCUUCAUGCACGUCCCUGAUGURUGCUACAUGUUCAACUAUCAUCCACAGACCAAGAAAUGUGAACUCUUCUACAAAGAUCGUGCAUCAGAAWAUAAAGUAGAAAUGAAGAGUGGGUACUUGUUCAAAACCCAAAAGGUAGGAUGCGAAUCGCCAUGCGGUUAUAAUGUUUCUUUGUUUAUCCGUCUCAUCUCUCAAAAACGAGCUAGGGAUCAAUCUUAA